AUGCCGGUCUCAGGUAAUCGACGUGUUUAUGGAUGGUGUGCGGGCCACGGUGGGAUGCGGCUUGCACCGGGACGCCGAAUGUCUGCUGAUUGGCGGCCACCACGACAGCCGCCGGUCGGCCGCUUACUGCUUCAUGAUGUCGCUCCGGUGCAUGGCUACUGCUACACUGGAUGGAUGGCCACCGGGCCAUGGAUUCCUGUAGCUACAGUCACACUUGGACGACAGGCAGGACACGCCGCAGUAUGCUGCAUACUCCGUCAACGUGGCCGCGUUCUUGUUGGACCGGCUGGGCCUGCAGUCUAUUGGCCACAGUCAAUACCUCCGUUCUUGAGGUGGCCCUCGCAGUGCUAG